UUUACUUAAUUUUCUUCCAGGUUAUACAAUCGAAAAAAACGAGAAGCCUACAAAUUAAUUCUACCAAAACAUAAACCUCGCAAUUUCCGUGAAGCAGCUAUGCGAAGUGAUCAAUCGGGUGGACUAUUGCAUUUAAAAAUUUCCUCUCCAUCAUCAGUUACAUUGAUCAAUCAAAAAGCUGUUAUCAAAGCUACUACCUCAACUCCAAUCAUAUCACGAGUUGAAUCUUCAUCAUCAUCAUCCAGACCUGGUCCAGCAUCUAGAACACAAAGAUCAAGACCUCAAGAAGAUAAUGUUAUUGAUUUAGAUUCGUCACCUGAAAAGACACAAGAUUGUAAAUCAACACCUCGUGGAGUUGAAGAUCAAAGAAAAUUAGAAUUUGAUCUUAAAAAACCACCUGAUAAUAAAAAAGAAGACGAAGAUAAUCAAGACUCUUCAAAAAUGCAACAAACCGAUAAGGUACGUGAUAGUAUACAAAAAUCCACCGAAGAAGUUGAAGAAGUCAAGUCCGGGGCAGUGGACCGUUUGAAAUGUGAACAGAACAAAGAGAAUCUUCAGAGUAAUGAAGCACUCAAAAAAGAUAGCGAUAACGAAGUGGUGACGAUGAAAGUCGAAACAGAAGCCAAGGAUGCAGCAGCUGCAUCGAUUGAAGAUAUGGAUACAAAUGAACAAGAGGCCAACGACGAAAGCACAAUCAAGGCAUCGUCGGGUUUGGCCAUAUCUUCAGUGUCAACUCUAAAAGUUGAUAUCAAAGAAGAAAAACCCGACAAUGAAAGUACAACUCCGCCAGUAACUGAAGAUGUUGUUUCAACAGCAUCAAAAGUUACAGUCGAAGAUGUACCAGAGAAGGAAACAAAUGCAGCUGCCUCUUCCCCACAUCCAGUAUCAUCAGCAAGCACUAAUAAACGUCGCCGAUCAUCAUCAUCUUCAUUAACUGUAGAUAAAUCCAAGACAUCCAAAUCAACCAUCGCACCAACAACAACAGAAUCGAAUCAAGAAGAUGACGAAGAAUACAUUCAUCCAACUAAAAAACUUCGUGAAGAAUUACAAAUUGCCUAUCCCGCCCAUGAUCGUAUUCUCAAUGAAUACAUUGAGAAAACCUCCAACGACUCCAUCGAUACCAUACAAAGGCACAUUGAUCAAAUGGUAUCGGAAAUUCAUACGCUCAAUGAUAUGAUCAAAGCCAAAGAAGUCGAAUGGAAUAAUAUGUUGCAUCUGAAGAAAGUUAAAGAAGAAAUAUGCUUUCGAUUAACUAGACGAAAGCAAUGUUUAGAAAUAAUGUCAACUAAAGUUGGUGAAACUGGUGGUCGUUCAGCGGGACUGGAUGAUGAAUAUAUGAUGGGCAAUGAAUCGGCAAUAAUUUUGGGUGGUAAAAAUAGUACACCAGCUAAAACAAAUAUUCAACUAUCAUCGACACCAAUUGCAGCGGCUAUUAGUUCGCUAAGUAGCAAUAUUUGUAAUUUUACAGCAGUGAGUAGUUCUUCGACGACAGCACCAACAACUGCUCAACUGAUUAUACAGAAUAGAGCAAAUAUGAAGAGUUCAGAUUUGGUGAAAGAGAAGGCGAAUACAUUGAGACUGCAUCGCCUUCUUGUUUCUAGAAAUAUCCUUCCGAAGCCCAACACAGCAUCGGCCAACACAUCAACUGCAUCUAAUACUGCUGCUCCAACUAACAAUAGCCAACAACAACAACAACAGAGUCCUUCAACAAAUGGUCCAACAUCCACACAACAACAACCUAAUGCCAGCAAUCAACCAAUUCUAAACAGUUAUUUAACAGCAACAGAUAGUGUCCAACAACUAGUUGAUAUGAUGAAUGGACAUCACAAUCAUAGUGGACUACAAAAUGGCUUAGCAAACAACAGCCAAUCAGCAGCAGCAGCUAUGGUCGGUCGACAGGGACCCUUCAAAGAUGUGCGCAGCAUUAUUGCAGACUUUAGACAACAGCACCCGGAGGUGGUGCCACGCCGAGGCCGAAGAGUAAAGACUAAUAACAAUAAUUCCAACUUAUCGGAUUCCAAUACGAUUCUGGGGAACGCUUUGAAAUCUGAUACGAAUUCCCGCCCCUCGAGUAAUGAUUCGUCUUCGCAAAGCAUGACCACCCACACAAAUCAAGUGACCACCAAUCACAAUAGUGUGAAUUCCUUUAAAGAUGUUUUGGCACCUUUCUCGAAAUCUCAAGGAGCUGUUAGAUCGGCUGGCGGACAACAACAGAAUCCUCCGUAUCCGGAAGUUACACUGCAUCCAGUUUCGACGCCAUUAAAUGCGUCGGGGGGACAAGAUCAACCGACUGGGUCUCUUCUUCAUGGCAUUCUUACAAAGUUCUCUCGGCCGAGUGAGUCGGCCAAUACCAAAUCUGCUGCUAACCAAGCAUCAGCUAAUUACAUAAGUAAUUUCUCGCCAACUCUCGCCAGGCUACUAACAGCCCCUGAACGCAUCUCUCCGAGUGGAGCUGGAUCUGGACCAAAUCAGAGUCACCACAAUUCAUCAGUUGGAAUGGGUGGUGACGGAGGAAGCAAUAUUAACAACAGCGGCAGUGGCCACCAAUCUAUGCCUGGCUUUGGGGUCAACCUAUCCAAAGUGGUUGGUCAUAAUAGUGAGAUAACAAUCACACCGGUUAUGAAUUCCAUGAAUCACAUGAAUCAACAGUCGAUACUACAACAGCAGUUGCAACAGCAACAAAUCAAGGAUGUACUAACGCGAGCCGCUGCUGCUGUUAGUGCUGCCAAUAAUAGUGCCAAGGAUGAGCAUUUUUUGAAACUUUCAUCAUUUGUAGCGCCAUCUGCUCCUAAUAAUGAUGACGAUGCCGAAGAUAGUGUUGAUCGGCUGGUUAUUGAUGAAGGUGAUUUAAUGAAUGUGGGUGGUGAAGAACAUCAUCGAAUUGCACCGCAUGCAAUUGGCCAAGAAUUCAAUGAGAAUGAAGUUCCUGUUUGUCAAGGAUGCAAGAAGCACGAAGCACAAUUUGUGUGUGCCGGUUGUGGUAAUCAAUGGUAUUGCAGUCGAGAGUGUCAGGUAUCAGCGUGGGAUGAUCACUCGGAAGUUUGUACAGCUACCAAACAGAUCAGAAAUAAUUUUAAUAUGUUGAAAUCUAGAGAUUUAGAGAAAGAUGAAGAAUAUUUAAUUAUCAGGCGAAGAAAGAAAAAUAAGUUCUUACCCCAGUUUUACUAAAUGUUUAGAAAUAAAGUUAAAAAAAAAGAACACACAAAAACUACACACAAUAAAAUUCAGAACAAAAAAAAAAAAA